CCAGACCAUAUAAAGGGAGCAUCCAUCCCGUGCCUGGGUAAGCGUCCAAGUAUAUUCUACUUCAUUGCUACAACAGAAGCAUCGAUUUGCACUAUAAGAUCCCAUAAUCCUAAUUUUUUAAAAGAAAGGAAUAUUCUGACAACCUCUACAGAUCCAAACACACAACACAAUGACAACCUUCAAAACAACCCAUUUCAUCCCCUCAAAGCACCAACCCCAAAUCCUCUCCUCACCAAUAACCCGCAUCCUCGCAGUAGCUCACGAGCAGCAAGUAGACACAAACCACUGGUGCUUCUACCUCCAAACAUCCCCCGAGUCCUCCAUUUGUCUGGACUGCCAACCUAGCUACAGCGUCCCAAGCACUGCCAUCCAAGGCGGCUCCAAAGCAAACCUGAUCCUCUCGGAGCUGCUGUAUCUCCUGCCACCUGGUGUGCAGGCGCAUUUUGCUCUAGAUGUGGUUCCGGGAUUGACGGUUGCGGGGGUUUAUGAGAAGUUGGUUGAGCAUGGGCGUCAUGAGUACGAGUUUGAUUCGAAGGGGGUGGGGUGUAGGUUUUGGGUGACGGAGCAGAUGGAUCUUUUGCUGAGGCUGGGGGUUGUUACGGAUGAGAAGCAGGUUUCUGCGGCGAAGGAGGGGAUUCUUUUGUUGUGGCCGGAUCAGACGCCGAAUCCACUUGAUCAGGGGGCUUACUAUCAGUGACGGCCGAGAUCAAGCGCUGCCAUAACUAUUGCUAACUUGCUAACAUGAACAAGGAGGACUAACUGGGAGACACGCAUGGAAGUUUUAUCAACCUGUAUCAAAAAGCUUGCUACAUCUUGCUAUUUUGAGAGAUUGGAACGGUUAGGGUUAGGACAUUAUUCGAUAUUGGUAACAGGCUAACAGCACUGCAAUAUAUCUUAUCGUUACUUCAUUCUAGCUACAUAUUAGCCAUGAUGUGACCCAUAGCUUUUCAAACAAGAACCAGCAUGGCAAUUCUCAUGCCAAUUCUAUGUUCCCCGUAGUUAUGAGGGUUCUGUGAGCAAGACCUCCCAAAAAGGCAACCACCCUCACCGCCAGCCCCAC